AUGGAUAAGAAGUUAUUGGAACAACAGAUUGCCACCAUGAAGGAAUCCCUCUUUAAUGAGGAAAUCCUUAAUGACAUGUUCACUACAGUGGAGGAGACGGAGGAUGCAGACAAUCCAAACUUUAUUGUGACAAUUGCCAAUUUGUAUUUGAGUGAGACGCCAAAGAAUAUAGAUGCCUUAGAACAAACCUUGGAGGCAAACCCCUUCGAUUUUCUAAAUCUAGAAAGGUGUCUUGUUAAAUUAAGAGGCAGCAGCGUCAGCUUUGGUGCUAAUAAGGUGACUAAUGAAGUCGAUAAAAUACUGUAUGGUUGCACGAUAGGCGACGCGGAGGGCUGUAAGGCUGGAUUUCCGAACUUGAAACAAGAGUUUGACACUCUGAAGAAAAAUUUGGAACCUUAUCUAGAGUUGUUGCAACAGUACAAAUCUAGCACACCAUCUAGUGGCCCCAAUGAAGACAUGGUUGACAAGAACAAGUAG